UGAAGCGAGUCUAUAAGAAAAAGUUACCUCUGGCGUUGAUGACAGAUCGAGUUCACUUCCUUCGUGUCUCUUUCAUUUCGUUCGCAAAAUGUCUACCCACAAAAAGAAGACUAGGAAGUUGAGAGGACAUGUCUCACACGGACAUGGACGUAUCGGUAAGCACCGUAAGCACCCUGGUGGUCGUGGUAACGCUGGAGGUAUGCACCACCACAGAAUCAACUUUGAUAAAUACCAUCCCGGUUACUUUGGAAAGUUGGGUAUGAGGAAUUACCAUUUGAGGCGUAACCAGAAAUACUGCCCAACUUUGAAUUUAGACAAAUUGUGGACCUUGGUCAGCGAACAGACCAGGUUGAAAUACAAAGACAAUGCAGAAGGCAAAGCCCCAGUUAUCGACAUUGUCAAAGCUGGUUACUACAAAUUAUUAGGCAAAGGACGUCUGCCACAACAGCCAGUGAUUGUCAAAGCCAAGUACUUCUCAAAGAGUGCUGAAGAUAAGAUCAAAGCAGUGGGUGGUGCUUGCGUGCUUUCUGCUUAAGUAAUAUAUAAAAUAUAAAAAACACUUUUGUUAUAAAUAAAUAUUUAAAUAACAA